UGCUUCACUUGACCUUAUAACAAAAAGUGCCAAAGUUUAACCUUCAGCAGAGCAGAGAAAGAGCUGCAGAGCAGAAACCUCCCUGAAACACACUGAAAUGGCAACUAUCCGGCGACAGUUCCCUUACACACCUAAAGCCCCUGUCAGACAGGGGAUAUACAGCCAGGCGGUGGUUGUGGACAGAACCAUGUACAUCUCCGGUCAGCUGGGGCUGGACGUGGCCUCUGGUCAGCUGGUAGAUGGAGGAGUUCAGGCUCAGGCCAAACAGGCUCUCAUCAAUAUGGGGGAGAUCCUUAAAGCCGCUGGUUGCAGCUACAACAAUGUGGUGAAGACUACGGUGCUGCUCUCAGACAUAAACGACUUCCACAGCGUCAAUGAGGUCUACAAGACAUUUUUCAGCAGUAACUUUCCUGCCAGAGCCGCCUAUCAGGUUGCUGCUCUCCCCAGAGGUGGACUGGUGGAAAUCGAGGCGGUCGCUGUCCUCGGUCCUCUCUCUGACUCCUGACUAGCCGGCCGCAACACAAACAAGUUGUAGCUUCACCGUCGAGUCUCCUUAUAGCUGUAGCCUUAUUGUGUUUCCAGAUGACACGUCAAAGGCCAAAUUAGGAUCUUGUUAACUCUCACUGUGGCUGGUUGACUGCACUGGCGAACUGGAAACCUUUAGAUUUACCCUCCACAACAGAGCAGCAACUAAUGGUUUGUGGCUGAUUGUAAUUUCACACCUGGCAAAUGGUACACGAAACAGAAUGUAAUGAUGAACUGCAUCUUAAUUCCUCUUCUGGUUUGAUUACUCAUCUUCUGACAAUAAAAGCACCUCUGACUAAAAAAAA